GCGUGGCCCAGAAGGGGCGUGGCUUCGCCUCCCGCGUCACGUUAUCAGGAAGAAAAGUUCACAGCGCGAGGGACCGAGGCGGACAAGUCUCUGAGAGUAACGUUAGUUCAGAAAUACCACCGCAUUCACCGGUGCAUGAUGCCCGAUGAGAUGGCACGGCCUUUAAUCCGGAGCAGAGGUGAGGAUGGCGGCUCCAGGCGUCCAGAGGCCCCUACGUCUGAACUUGGCGCCCCAGUCAUCGGUAUCCUGGGCACGGGCGACUUCUCCCGCUCGCUGGCCAGAAGGCUGGUGGCCUCCGGCUACCAAGUGGUGGUGGGGAGUCGAAACGCCAAGUUCUCCGAGGCUCUGUUCCCCAAAGAGGCCGAGGUGACGUCGCAGAUGGAGGCAACCAGCAGGGCAGACGUGGUCUUUGUCGCCGUGUUCCCCGAGCACCACUCCACGCUGGUGGAACUGAGGCCGACGCUAGCCGGAAAGACGCUGGUGGACGUCAGCAACGGUUCGAAAAUCAGCCGAGACACGCCCUCGAAUGCCGAGCAGCUUGCAGAGUUGUUCCCAGAGAGUUUUGUGGUUAAAGGGUUCAACACCGUAUCGGCUUGGACGCUCCAGAUGGGACCUCGGGAUGGCAGCAGGCAGAUUUUCCUGUGCGGCGACGACAGCCGAGCCAAGAGCCGUGUGAUGCAGCUCUGUCGCAGACUGGGCUUCGUCCCCGUCGACCUGGGCCUCCUCGCCUCCUCCCUGGAGAUCGAGAACCUCCCCCUCUAUCUCUUCCCCUCCUGGCUCAUCCCCGUCGUCUGCACCCUGUCCCUCUUUGCCUUCUUCUACGCGUACAACUUCCUCCGCGACGUGCUGCAGCCCUACGUCACGGCGGGGAAGAACGUCUUCUACAAAAUGCCCAUCGAGACGGUGAACGUCACGCUCCCCGCCGUGGCCCUGGUGAUGCUGUCGCUGGUCUACGUGCCCGGUGUGUGCGCCGCUCUCCUCCAGCUGUGGUGGGGCACCAAGUACAACCGCUUCCCCGGCUGGCUGGACCGCUGGCUGACCAGCAGGAAGCAGAUGGGGCUGUGCAGCUUCUGGUGUGCGGCGCUGCACGCCGUCUACAGCCUGUGUCUCCCCAUGAGGAAGUCCGCCCGCUUCCGGCUGCUCAUCGCUGCCAGAGAGGUGAAGGAGGGGGCCGUGUGGGUGGAGGAGGAGGUGUGGCGGAUGGAGCUGUACGUCUCAGCGGGCAUCAUGGCCCUCGCUCUGCUCUCCCUGCUGGCCGUCACCUCGCUGCCCUCCGUGGCCAACACGCUCAACUGGAGGGAGUUCACCUUCAUACAGUCCACGCUGGGUUACUGCGCCCUGGCCAUGGCCACCCUCCACACGCUGCUCUACGGCUGGGACCGCGCCUUUGACCCGGCCCAGUACCGCUUCCUCCUGCCUCCCACCUUCAUGCUGGUCCUGAUUGUCCCCAUGGCGGUCCUGCUGGGCCGCCUGGCCCUCCUCGUGCCCUGCGUGGCCCGUCGGCUCGGGAUGAUCCGCCGCGGCUGGGAGAAGAGCCGCCACGUCCGCUGCGCCCCGCAGGAGGAAUGCCGGCGCAACGGGCUGGAGGAGUUCAGUAACGUGUGACGG